UCCAGCACCCACUGACAGAAAUGGCAAGCUCAGGAGAGCAAGCCUUUGAUUAUGGCUUCUUGCUGGGCAUAAGGGAGGAGGCCCGCAGGGCCCAGGCGCUGAACGAGUACCUGAGCACUCGCAGUUACCUGGCCGGCUUUAGCCCCUCUCCAGCCGACGCUGAAGCCUUUGCGCUUCUGGGCAAGCCCCCACACUCAAAGCAUGUUCACAUCCUGCGCUGGUACAGGCAUAUAGAGGCCCUUCAGCAGGGCCCCCAGGCCCCCCCAGAACUCUGCACGAAGGGGAAGCGAGUCCAGCCUCCUUGGUCUCCUCCCGAGGGCAGUGAGCCAUCCAAGCUCAAGCUUUACAACAGCCUCACACGCAGCAAGGAAGUGUUUGUGCCCCAGAGUGGAAACAAGGUGUCCUGGUAUUGCUGCGGACCAACGGUUUAUGAUGCCUCACACAUGGGCCAUGCCAGAUCCUACAUAUCCUUUGAUAUCCUACGAAGAAUAUUGAAGGACUAUUUCAAAUAUGACGUAUUCUAUGCCAUGAACAUCACAGAUAUAGAUGACAAGAUCAUCAAGAGAGCCAGGCAGAACUACCUUUUGGAGCAGUACAAAGAGAAGAAGCCUGUGGCUGCCCAGAUCCUGAAGGAUGUCCUCACAGCCAGAGAGCCGUUCAAGACGAAGCUGGCUGAAACAACAGACCCGGACAAAAAGCAGAUGCUGGAGAGGCUGGACUCGGCUGUGACCGCUGCCCUGGGUCCACUACAGGAGGCAGUGAAGAGUGGAGCCUCUGACGCCAGCAUCCAGAGCCAGGCACAGGUUUUGCUGGAAGAGGCCAAAGAUCUCCUGGCUGACUGGCUGGACACUCAGUUUGGCAGUGAGGUCACAGAGAACUCCAUCUUCUCACUUCUGCCCAAAUACUGGGAGGGAGAGUACCACAAGGAUAUGGAUGCCCUCAAUGUUCUUCCAUCAGAUGUACUCACUCGGGUCAGUGAGUAUGUGCCAGAGAUUGUAGACUUUGUGAAGAAAGUUGUAGACAACGGCUAUGGGUAUGCGUCCAAUGGCUCUGUGUAUUUUGACACGGUAAAGUUUGACAGCAACCCUAAACAUUCCUAUGCCAAACUGGUGCCAGAGGCAGUUGGUGAUCAGAAGGCUCUUCAGGAGGGUGAAGGAGACCUGAGCAUCUCAGCGGAUCGACUCGGUGAGAAGCGCUCCCCUAACGACUUUGCCCUAUGGAAGGCCUCCAAGCCUGGGGAGCCCUCCUGGGAUUCCCCUUGGGGAAAGGGGCGGCCAGGCUGGCACAUUGAGUGUUCAGCGAUGGCGGGAUCUAUUUUGGGAGAGUCGAUGGAUAUCCAUGGUGGAGGAUUUGAUCUUCGGUUCCCCCAUCAUGACAAUGAGUUGGCACAAGCUGAGGCCUACUUUGAGAAUGACCACUGGGUUCGCUACUUUUUGCACACUGGCCACCUUACCAUUGCAGGCUGCAAAAUGUCAAAGUCUUUAAAAAACUUCAUCACUAUUAAAGAUGCAUUGGCCAAAAAUUCAGCACGACAGCUUCGCCUGGCCUUCCUCAUGCACUCCUGGAAGGACACGCUGGACUACUCCAGCAACACUAUGGAGUCAGCCAUUCAGUACGAGAAGUUCUUGAACGAGUUCUUCCUGAAUGUCAAGGACAUCCUCAGGACCCCCACUGACAUCACAGGCCAGUUUGAGAAGUGGGAAGAUGCAGAGAUUGAGCUCAACAACAGUCUGUAUGAGCGCAGAGCGGCAGUGCACGAGGCCCUGUGUGACAACAUGGACACACGGACCACUAUGGAGGAGAUGAGGUCUCUGGUCGGCCAGAGCAACACCUACAUCGCCAGCAGGAAGAGCUCCAAGCUCCUGCCCAACCGCAUGCUGCUCCAGAGCAUCGCCGUCUACCUAACCGACAUGCUCAGGAUAUUUGGUGCUAUUGAGGGAUCUGAUGCCAUUGGUUUCCCUGUUGGAGGAAGUGGCCAGAGUGCUGAUUUGGAAAGCACUGUGAUGCCAUAUCUCAAAGUCCUGUCAGACUUCAGGGAAGGAGUUAGGAAAAUUGCACGGGAACAGAAAGUGACCGAGGUGCUGCAGUUGUGCGACGUGGUGCGUGAUGACACUCUGCCUGAACUCGGCGUCCGCUUUGAGGACCAUGAAGGACUUCCCACAGUUGUCAAGCUGGUUGAUCGGGAAACCCUGAUGAAGGAAAAGGAGGAUAAGAAAAGGAUGGAGGAGGAAAAGCGAAAGAAAAAGGAGGAGGCAGCUAAAAAGAAACAGGAACAGGAGAUGGCUAAACUGGCCAAGAUGAAGACACCUCCCAGCGAGAUGUUCCGCUCUGAAACAGACAAAUACUCUGCAUUUGAUGACACUGGUUUCCCCACACACGAUGCAGAGGGCAAGGAACUGAGCAAAGGACAAACCAAAAAACUACGCAAACUUUAUGAGGCACAAGAAAAAUUACAUAAAGAAUAUCUUCAAACGAGUCAGAAUGGCAACUGAGGAUCCUGGGAGAUUGAGUCCAUCUGGCCCAACCCUGCUAUCCGCCCAUUCUGUGUCCUCUUUCUAUGUCCUGUGCGCUUCUAAAAUUGAGGCCAGCAAGAUGCCUGUAAUCUGUGUGUCCUUGGACUGAUACUGGGCUUUAUAUUUUCCACAUGGCUGGGACAUGACUGAGUAAUUCAUUUUACUUACUGUGGUGUUAUCAAUUGUGAUGAGAGGACAUCAACGUGGGUUGACCAAGUGAAUGGAGACAUGAUAGGACAUUUCCUAUGAUAUGAAUGAUACUGGUCUGAAGGGAUUCAGUACAUUUCCUGUUUUUUAACAUUUAGACUGCAUUGAAUGCCCUCAUUACAGUCAAUUAAGUGAUCCCAUUCAGCCUGCAGGUUUACCAUAAUGGUGAAAGAAAUAUUGAAAAAUAUUUCCAACAAAUGUUUAUAAGGACAUGAGAUACAAAUAAUAAAAUACAUUCUUCCAAUAA